UUGGAGUUCACAUAUGAAAUGGCCAAAGAUACAAGAUCAAAACCUUUGGGAGCACUCACACCAGGUUUUAAUUUGUCAAUCAAAUUAAGGAAUUGGAUUGAGGAAUUUCUGCCUGCAGAUGCUCAUGAACUAGCCACAGACAAGGUGUUCAUUUCAGUAACUUGUCUUCAUGGGAAAAAAAAUGAAUUGGUAUCAAAAUAUGAAACCAGGGAAGAUUUAAUUCAGGCAUUAUUAUGUUCUUGUCAUAUCCCAUACUAUGUUGACAGGAAGUAUCCAGAGUUUAGAGGUCAGAAAUAUUUGGAUGGCGGUUACUCAAACAACUUGCCUUUGUUUCGUGAAGGUCACACAAUUCAAGUAUCACCAUUCUCAGGUGGCCAGGAUAUAUGCCCUAAAGAUAAAAAAGGUCUGGAUUUGUACAUCAGAGUCAUUCACCAGUUUUUUAAAAUUAAUCCUAGCAACAUUUUGAGAACCAAGCAUGCAUUAUUUCCUCCUAAAACCAAGCUGUUGGAGUUAUACUAUCGAUGUGGUUUCCAGGAUGCAUCUAAGUUUCUAAAGUUGUGGAAUUUUUAUGAUGAAGUACCUGUAGAGAAUAAUGAAAAUGGGAAAGCUGAUGAGGCUGUUGGAGGAAAUAAUUCACCCACAAACUAUGAAACAUCUCUAUGA